AUGCUCAAUCUCAUUAGUUAUUGUUCAGUUGCCCAUUCAUGGGCAACUGGGCAAACUAGACUCUUUGUGACCCCAUGGGCUAUAGCAUGCCAGACCUCCCUGUCCCUCACCAUCUCCCAGUUUGUCCAAGUUCAGGUCCAUUGCUUUGUUGAUACCAUCCAGCCAUCUCAUCUUCUGACAGCUAACUCAUUGGAAAAGACCCUGAUGCUGGGAAAGAUUGAAGAUGGAAGAAGAGGGCACCAGAGGCCUCUGACACCCUCUUCUUCUGCCUUCAAUUUUUCCCAGCUUCGGGGCUUUUCCAAUGAGUCAUCUGUUUGCAUCAGAUGA